CUCAUCAAGCUUCACUGCUCCUUACACCUUUCCAACUUCAAACCUCACAUCACCACCACCACACAUUCACAAUGACUCGCGGAAACGCUGCUCAGGUCAAGGUCCACUUCAAGGGCAAGGAGGAUGACUUCGUCAUCUUCGUCGACAGCAUUCAGGCCGUCAAGGACUGGAAGAACGACAAGUCGGUCCCUCUGGCUCAGGUCGUCAGCGGCUGGAAGGUCUUCUGCACCCACAAGCAAGGCACCCAGGGCAUCCUUGACGGCGCGUCCAACAGCGCGCUCGAGAACGAGUUCGGCACGCACAACGAGGAGGAGGUUGUGAAGAAGAUCCUCGAGCAGGGCGACGUCCAGUCGACCGAGGAGUCUGGCCGCCAGGGCGACAGGAACAUCACCUCGGGCCCCUCGAUUGCCCAGGGCUACUAAGCCGCUUCUCACUUACUUCCCCACAACCGACCUUGCGAAUAUACCCUGGGGGAUCAUCAGCAACUAGGUGUUGGGCAGCAUUUCAGUCACGGCCGGCCUUGGAAGACAGGCUUGGCUGCUCGCGCGCCUAAACUGUUUCUUUGGCGUCGCGAUGAAGGACUUAUUUAUGAAAUAGUAAAACCUAGUUAGUACCUCGCUCUCAUGCAGAGACGAGAUGAAUGAAAUGAGUCCAUGACAACAUCC